UCUUGAAUAUGUAUGUUGAGAAAAAUAUAUUUUCAUGCCAAUGAUAUUGUGCUAAUAUUGAUUCUCUGUGAGUAGUUAGUUAAUAUUAAUUCUAAUGAUUAAUUGCUUGAUGUUGAAAGUGUGUGUUCAUGUAUGAUUGGCAAAAUGAGAAUUAACAUGAGAUAGUAUGGUUACUAGUGUUAAUUGGAUUGUGUGAAUCGUAAUUGAUUAAUUGGCCUCUUAUAUGUUAAUGAUGUGUGUGUGUUGUGAAUGUUGUGUACAAUUGGUGGAUAAUUCAUAGAGUUGAAUUAUUGUGAUAUGCUAAAUAUUAAGAUGGUAGAGAUGAUCUUAAUUGCAUAUGUUUGAUUAACAUUGUACAUACAUUCAUAUCAUGGAUGCCUUGAAACAAAGGUGGUUUGCUUUGAAACAUAAGCGAGGCUUGGAUUCUAGAGUGAAUCGGAAAGCGGUAAACUAUAUGUUUACAUUUGGUGGCUUUGAUCUUGUCCGGAUCUGAAGCGUGGCUAGAUUCUAUAUGAAUCGGAAGCGGUGGAACUUUGGGUCCACAUUGGGUACCACAUGCAUAGGUCACAUGUCUUGCAUUGAGUCACAUUGAGGUUAAGUGAUGUUUGAAUAUAUGCAUUUAUGUGAUUGUCAUGUGUACAUGAGAUGUGAUAAUUGAAAUUGGUGAUGUUUUGAUAUAUAAUUGGUUAAACGUGUGGAUAUGUGACAAUUAUGGCUAUGUGUAUAAUUGAGAAUAUAGUAUUGAGAUAUUCUACUCUUAUACUUGGUGUAUGCUUAAUAUAUAUGAAUUAUGAUUAGCAUUAAUUUUAUGAUUAGGCAAGUGUAAUGCAUUCCUAUAAUUGUUGAUUUAACCAUUGUAUCUCAUUAUACUUUCUUCAUAAUGGUUUGUAUUCUCACCCUUCUGUUUUAAUGUUGCCCUCGUUUGGCGACAUGCAGGUUUGACGAUUAGUAACUUGCGUGUGACCUAGUCGGAGUUUCUUCUGGGUUUGCUUGGUAAUUAAGUAGCGAGUCGAUGCUCUGGUCAUGUAACACUGGGUAGCUUAGACGUUGAACUCAUGUUCUAAUUGUUUAUGUAUUUUGUUAUUACUUGUGAACUUGUUUAAAUUGGUUACUUGUUGUUGAGAGGCUUUAAGCCAAAUAUUAUGAUUAUGGUUUAUUUUAUAUUGAGAUACUUAUUGACAUAUGAUCCUGGUAUGGGACAGGAAUCAUUUUAUGAAAUACAUGAGUAUUUAGUAUUUUCCGUUGUGAAUGCAUAUUCUGUAUGAAUUGAAAUUAAAUGUUUAGGUGUUAUUUUGAAAUGACCAGGUGUAUUGUAUAUUGUGGAUAAAUGUUGUCGGUUUUUAAAAGCUUUUUAGUUUUUGAAAACGUCGAUGUGACGCCCUUUUUAAUUAUAUGCAUGUUUAUUCUCUGAUUAUAUGCUUAUUAUUUAUGGGGUAAAAAGGGGUGUUACAUUAGUGGUAUCAGAGCAUGGUCGACCAGUUGGUCAAGGUUAUUAAUGUCUUUUAUCCUGUUGUAUUUGACUCGUGUAUCUGACACGAUCGAUACUGUUUUGUCUGGUUGUUUGGUUGUUUAGGACGAUGGCUGCGGGAAGGAAUGUUGACAUUAAUGUUGAGGCAAUGAUGAGGUGGACUGGUGCGAUUGGACAAGCGCCGCAAGAGAAUGUCGGUUAUGGAGGAAGGGAUGAAUUCUGUGCUUUUGGGGACUUUCGAAGGUGCAACCCGCCGAUCUUUGAAGGAGGGUAUGGACCGGACAAAGCGCAUGCAUGGAUAAGAGAAAUCGAGAAGACCUUUCAAGUCGUGAGUUGUACUAAUGUACAGAAGGUACAGUUUGGUACUCACAUGCUGACAAAAGAAGCUGACGGUUGGUGGAGUAAUACUGUGCGGAGAUUUGAAAGAGAAGGUAUUGAAGUUACUUGGACUCUUUUCCGUGAUGCAUUUUUGGGAAACUAUUGUCCAGAAGAUGUGCGUGGAAAGAAAGAAGUGAGAUUUCUACAGUUGAAACGAGGAGGAGAACAGUUCCGUGAGAAAUCGCAUGAUGACAUGAUGAAACAAUCUGGUUUUAGCAAGAAGCCAAGUGGGGGAGGAGAUUCUACUUCGAUUAAGUACUACAGGUGUGGCGAUAUGGGUCACAAAACGGUUGAUUGUGGAAUUGGUUCGAGUAGGAUUUGCUACAGUUGUGGUGAGCAAGGACACAAUUGUGUCAUGUGUGACAAGCCAAAGAAGGAGCAAGCAAAAGGAAAAAUGUUUGCGUUGUCUGGUGCUGAGGCCACUGCUAAGGAAAAGCUAAUCUGAGGUUUGACGAUUAGUAACUUGCGUGUGACCUAGUCGGAGUUUCUUCUGGGUUUGCUUGGUAAUUAAGUAGCGAGUCGAUGCUCUGGUCAUGUAACACUGGGUAGCUUAGACGUUGAACUCAUGUUCUAAUUGUUUAUGUAUUUUGUUAUUACUUGUGAACUUGUUUAAAUUGGUUACUUGUUGUUGAGAGGCUUUAAGCCAAAUAUUAUGAUUAUGGUUUAUUUUAUAUUGAGAUACUUAUUGACAUAUGAUCCUGGUAUGGGACAGGAAUCAUUUUAUGAAAUACAUGAGUAUUUAGUAUUUUCCGUUGUGAAUGCAUAUUCUGUAUGAAUUGAAAUUAAAUGUUUAGGUGUUAUUUUGAAAUGACCAGGUGUAUUGUAUAUUGUGGAUAAAUGUUGUCGGUUUUUAAAAGCUUUUUAGUUUUUGAAAACGUCGAUGUGACGCCCUUUUUAAUUAUAUGCAUGUUUAUUCUCUGAUUAUAUGCUUAUUAUUUAUGGGGUAAAAAGGGGUGU